AUGGCUCUCUCUGCAUUUCCUUUCCCUGCUCAUGUCAAUAGGGUCACAAGUUUAGACCACCCUCAGAAGUAUAGUCUUUUGUCUUCUCAUUUCUUAUCGAGAACAGAUCUGCUGUCCCAAUCUUUAGACAAGAGCAUUCAGGUACAUGUCAAGAAAAGGGAAAAUGGGGUUCGGGCAUCACUAUCAGAAAGUGGAGAUUAUCAUUCACAGAGACCACCAACACCUCUCUUGGACACCAUAAACUAUCCAAUUCACAUGAAAAAUCUAUCUGUCAAGGAGUUAAAACAACUAUCAGAUGAGCUGCGGUCCGAUGUUAUCUUCAGUGUUUCUAAAACAGGGGGUCACUUGGGUUCUAGCCUUGGUGUUGUGGAGCUCACUGUGGCUCUUCACUAUGUUUUCAAUGCUCCUCAAGACAAGAUACUGUGGGAUGUUGGCCAUCAGUCUUACCCUCACAAGAUCCUGACUGGGAGAAGAGACAAGAUGCAUACAAUAAGACAGACCAAUGGGUUGGCUGGUUUUACAAAGCGGUCGGAGAGUGAAUAUGAUUGUUUUGGCACUGGUCACAGCUCUACCACCAUUUCUGCUGGCUUGGGAAUGGCUGUGGGAAGAGAUUUAAAAGGAAGAGAAAACAAUGUAGUCGCUGUUAUAGGUGAUGGUGCCAUGACAGCAGGACAAGCUUAUGAAGCAAUGAACAAUGCAGGGUACUUGGACUCUGAUAUGAUUGUCAUACUUAAUGACAACAAACAGGUUUCUUUGCCAACAGCCAGUUUAGAUGGGCCGAUACCACCUGUAGGAGCCUUGAGCAGUGCUCUCAGUAGGCUGCAAUCAAACAAGCCUCUCAGGGAACUAAGGGAGGUUGCUAAGGGAGUUACGAAACAAAUUGGUGGACCAAUGCAUGAAUUGGCAGCAAAGGUUGACGAAUAUGCUCGUGGAAUGAUUAGUGGUUCUGGAUCAACCCUCUUUGAAGAGCUUGGUCUCUAUUAUAUUGGCCCUGUUGACGGGCACAAUAUUGAUGAUCUUAUUGCCAUUCUCAAAGAGGUGAAGAGUACCAAAAUUACAGGUCCAGUCCUGAUCCAUGUUGUCACUGAGAAAGGUCGGGGGUAUCCAUAUGCUGAGAGAGCUGCAGACAAGUACCAUGGAGUGACCAAGUUUGAUCCCGCAACUGGAAAGCAGUUCAAGGCAAGUCCUAGCACACAGUCUUAUACGACAUAUUUUGCAGAGGCUUUGGUUGCAGAAGCAGAGGCGGAUAAAGAUGUUGUUGCAAUUCAUGCUGCAAUGGGAGGAGGAACAGGCUUAAAUCUCUUCCUUCGCCGUUUUCCAACAAGAUGUUUUGAUGUGGGGAUCGCAGAACAGCAUGCUGUUACUUUUGCUGCAGGACUUGCCUGUGAAGGUCUUAAACCUUUUUGUGCAAUCUACUCGUCUUUCUUGCAGAGAGCAUACGACCAGGUGAUUCACGAUGUGGAUUUGCAGAAACUUCCAGUAAGAUUCGCAUUGGACAGAGCUGGGCUGGUUGGAGCAGAUGGUCCCACACACUGUGGAGCAUUUGAUGUCACUUAUAUGGCAUGCCUUCCUAACAUGGUGGUUAUGGCUCCUUCGGAUGAGGCAGAACUUUUCCACAUGGUUGCUACUGCUGCUGCUAUAGAUGACCGUCCUAGCUGUUUCCGCUACCCAAGAGGUAAUGGAAUUGGUGUUCAGCUGCCAGCAGGAAACAAAGGCGUUCCUCUUGAGGUUGGAAAAGGCAGGAUGAUGAUUGAAGGGGAGAGAGUGGCACUCUUAGGUUAUGGUACAGCAGUCCAGAGCUGUUUAGCUGCUGCCUCUUUAGUAAAAUGCCACGGUAUUCAUCUGACGGUUGCAGAUGCCAGGUUCUGCAAGCCGUUGGAUCAUGCCCUUAUUCGCAGCCUAGCAAAAUCACAUGAGAUUUUGAUUACAGUGGAAGAAGGAUCGAUUGGGGGCUUUGGGUCUCAUGUUGCUCAAUUUCUGGCCCUCGAUGGUCUUCUCGAUGGCAAACUAAAGUGGCGACCGGUUGUUCUUCCUGAUAGGUACAUUGACCAUGGAUCUCCAGCUGAUCAGUUGGUAGAAGCUGGUCUCACACCAUCUCACAUUGCAGCAACAGUAUUCAAUAUACUUGGACAAAGAAGAGAGGCCCUGGAGAUUAUGUCAUCAUAA